AUGGUCAACACACGUAGUACCACAAGACGUGAAAGGGAAAGAAAAGAAGAAGAAUUGAAGCAAGCUACAGUGCAGCAGCCGCAAACACCUGUAAAAGAGGAAGAUUCGAAGAAAUUGGUAGAUAAGACUAUUAUUUUAGAAACGGGUAGUCAGAUAAAACCAGAACAUUCCGGACAAACAAAGGACGCGAAACCGUUAAGUCAUUGUUCGCGUAAAACUAGCUACCACGGUUCGAAAAAGUCAUCUUCGUCGUCUAUUGUGGCACAAAGGAAGAAGCUGGAGCUGGAAGCUGCUGAAGCAAAGGCUCGCAUACAAAUGGACUUGAUAGAAAAAAAGCUACAAGUAGAUCUCGCCAACCUUGAAGAAGAAUACAGUCCAUCUGAAGAAUCUGUACCGUCAGAACAAGACCAACAGUCAGUUAAAAGUGAUGUCGCCAGGUGGGUCGAGCGCAGCCAGCUGGAACUGGAGUCACAGCACGUCCCCAAGACUGGAAAUAACCCGGACGCGUUGUGUUCGUCGGCAGCAGUGGUCGCCGGCACCGAGUUGCCAGUUCAGCAGUUAGCCAGCGCACUAAAGGAAUUGGCCACCGUAUCUGCAUCCAACAAUAUCCAAAACGCCAGGCUGCUGAGCCGCAUCAGCACCCCGAAGGAACUGCCCUUGUUCUACGGUGAACCAAUGGAGUGGUUGCAAUUCAAACAAGCUUUCGAAGAAUCGACCAGAGUGUGUAAUUUCAGCGAUAUUGAAAAUAUGUGGCGUUUAAGAAAGUGCCUACGUGGGCCCGCCAAGGAAUCCGUAAACGCGCUGCUUAUUAGUGGUACGUCGACUGAAACCGUUAUGUCAACACUUGAGUUACAAUUCGGAAAUCCGGAAUUAAUAAUAUCGCGCAUGUUGAUGGAGAUUAAAAAACUACACACUCUGCCCCCGGAAUACCACAAAGAAAUAGUUACGUUUUCCGUGAAGAUUAAAAAUUACGUCACAGCUGUUCGCGCCCUAGGUCGUGGAGAGUACCUGCAAGAAAUUAGCAUCGUCGGCGCUAUUUUAUCGAAGUUACCUACGGUGUUGCUACCCAAGUGGAAUGACUACAGUUACGCGCUGAUUAAAGAAGGAAAUAAAUCUAAACUCGAUAUUCUCUCCGAAUUUCUCCACGAAGAAGCUAUGAAAGUGUCAACCUGCAGUGCUUCUCUUAUGCAAGUGCGAUCAGACUUUAAACGUAAAAACUAUAGUGAAAAUAGUGACUAUAAACCGCAGACUAUUUUAGUUCAAAGUGCGCACACGAACAGUACCGAUAAGUGCCGCCUUUGUCGCGUAGGUAAACACGAUUUACCGGACUGCAAAAAGUUUAAAAAAUCACUACGCAAGGAUCGUUGGCAGUACGUAAAACGAUUCGGUUUGUGUUAUAAGUGUUUAUUAUCACACCAUGAUAGACAAUCGUGCACGGCCGCCGCGUGUGACGUGGAGGGGUGUGGGCAGGCCCAUCACCGGCUCCUGCAUUACGUACCGGGUCAAAGUUCGCGCUCGAACCAUUAUAACGUUGUGGAAGUGUCGGACACUAGUGCUCAGACUGAAACUGUGACGCAUAUAGACGUUGACCAGCGCGAAUCGUUAUUAAAAGUUGUGCCGAUAUACCUACAUGGACCUAACGGUAAAAUAAAAACUACUUGUAUGCUUGACGAUGGCAGUGGUGUGUCGUUCAUAAGUACGGAACUCGCGGAGCGCGCGGGACUGCGCGGGCGCAAACAGUGCGUUAAUGUGCGCGGCGCAUGGCUCAAUUCAGAACAACAGUGCGAAACACAGCUGAUCGACUGCUCGAUAUCUAAUAGUGACGGGACAAAGUUCAAUUUAACCGCGCGUAUUGCACCCCAUCUGGACUUACCUGUGCAAAACCCCGGACUUGUUAAGUGCGGUAAAUAUAAGUACCUAGACCGUAUAAUGAACUUUGUGUGUGCUGAAAAUCAGAAACCUGAAAUUCUCAUCGGACAAGAUAACUAUCAUUUGCAUGUACCACGUGAGAUCAUAGAGGGCAGCGAAAAUGAGCCCUACGCGACGCGUACUCCGCUGGGCUGGUGCGUGCACGGCCCGUGCCAACGUGCAGCUGUAAUGAAACAACGGAAGAUACACACUUCAUUACAUCUCAGUUAUACCUAUGAACAAGAUAUGGCAAUUGAAAACAAUAAAAUACUACGUGAACUGCAAGAAGAUAUGCGUCGAUCUUUCUCCAUCGAUUCUAUGGGCGUAUCUGCUAAACCUCGGCAGAACUCGGAGGACGUACUGGCCCAGGAGCACCUGGAACAAACCUCUGAACUUAUCGAUGGCCAGUGGCAAGUCGGCUUACCUUGGAAGGAUCCUCACUGUGUCACCGUCGACUCGUAUCCAAAUGCACUGUCACGACUGAAAGGAGUUGAGCUGAAAAUGAAAAGGAGUGAAGAGUAUGCACGAAGGUAUAAAGAACGCAUACAACAUUUGUUAGAAAAUAAAUAUGCUGAGAAGUUAGAAAAUCAAGUCACAUCUGCUAGAACAUGGUACUUACCUACUCAUGGCGUCGACAAUCCAAAUAAGAAGAGCCUUCGUCUGGUUUUCGAUGGGUCAGCUAAAACAAAAGGGUUCAGUUUAAAUAGCUACCUAUAUAAAGGCCCCGACCUACUGGUACCGUUAAUAGGAAUCAUGUGGCGAUUCCGCGAAAACAAAGUUGCGAUCUCUGGCGAUAUCAAAGACAUGUUUCUCAGAGUUAAAAUAAAACCCGAGGAUCAGCAAGCCCUACGCUUUCUAUACCGAGAUAACCCCGAAGAACCUAUAGAUACCUACCUGAUGACGUCACUCAUAUUUGGAGCGAAUUGCGCGCCGUUCAUAGCUCAAUUCAUAAAAAAUAAAAAUGUGAGGCGUUUUGAGUCUACAUAUCCAGAGGCGGCUAACGCUAUAUACACGCAACACUACGUCGACGACUACAUUGACAGCUUACCUGAUGAUCAAUCUGCAAUCAAGCUGGUUCGUGACGUCACAUAUGUUCAUGCGCAAGGCGAUUUUCAUAUACGCAAUUGGAAUAGCAACAGUCAAGCCGUCAUCAACAGCAUUCCAAAAGAGACUUUGGGUAACAGCGCUGUAAGGUUCAAAGUCGGACAACAGUACGCGGGCGAGCGAACACUUGGUCUGCUGUGGAAUCCAAGUGAAGACACGCUGGGGCUGAAGAAAACGAGUAUACAAAUAUAG